AAUUGUGAUCAUGCAAGAAAAAAUAACGCUGAAAAAGGCGUUUGCCACAGUGAAGUUAAGCUUGUUUGUUAUAUGGUUUUGGCCGCUACCGUUAAACACUAGUAAGCGCAAAAUGCUGUGCAUGAAGCUGUAUCAGUAUGUCUGUAUAUUACUUACUACCACCGUAUUAAUGUCAAUGAUAUAUGCCGUUGUGAAGAAUUUCAAUGAUCUCGAUCUUUUCAUAAAAUCAUCAUUGGGUUUGUUUCCUUGUAGUCAUGUCAUUAGCAACAUUCUGUGUCAUCUAACUACUUACAAGCGAUUACAAUACGUUACUGUCGAAAUGGAGAAAUUUUAUACGUUGAUCAAGCCUCGCGAGGAAAUGAUUGUUCAGCGGGAGUAUCUUGAUAAAUGUUCCAAGUUCUAUGGUUUCUGCAUAGGUUUGUUUUACAUGAGUCUCGUAGGCCUCUUCGUGGGGCCUAUCGUGCUAGACGAGCCGCUUCCAGCACCAGCUGAAUUUCCAUUUGACGCGUCUCAGCAACCGCUGAGAGCUAUCACUUAUAUGCACCAGAUCGUGGUUGGAAUGUACAUAGCGUCGCAUUUGUGUGUAAACGCUUUCAUGGCGCUUUUGCUCUGGUUGGUAUCAGCGAGAUUUAAACUGCUGACUGAAGAGCUGCGGACAAUCACGAAUAUCUAUGAUUUUGCGAAGUGCAUUGAAAAGCAUCAACAAUUACUCAAAUAUGCAGGAGAGGUAUCUCUCACCGUUCGCCCUUUUGCAUUAGUAACGAUAUUUUUCAGUACUGUAUCGUUAAUAGUAUUUGGCCUUAUUUUUAUUGCUGACGUAUCAUCAUCCUUGAAGAUACAAUGUGUUCUUUUAUCAACCAGUGCAUUAAUAGAGGUAUUUAUGUAUGCAUGGCCAGCAGAACAUUUGAUUCAUAUAAGUACUAAUAUAGGACAAACAGCUUUUGAAAUAAAUUGGUAUGAUGAAUCAGAAUAUUUUCGGAAGAACAUACAAAUAAUCAUAUUGAGAAGUCAAAAGCCGAUACUUGUUGUAUUACCAUGCGGUUUGCCCUCGUUGUCUUUACGUUAUUAUGCAUCGUAUCUCUCAACCAUAUUCUCCUACUUCACUACAAUGCGAAUAAUGUUCGAAGAGGAAUCUGGAAUAUAUAUAUAUAUAUAUAUUGCAAUACAAACACAUGUUCUAAUUAUGCGAUCAAAGUUGACGUUAAAGAAAGUCAUCUCCAUCAUAAAAUUAAGUUUGUUCAUAACUUGGUGUUGGCCUCUACCAAAAGAUACAAUUAAAUUAAAAGUUAUUUGUGCAGAAACGUAUCAGUACUUUUGUCUAAUUGUUACCUUUGGCGUAGCCGCAGGUUUGAUAAAUGCGGUGCGAAACCAUUUCGAUGAUCCCGUCAUUAUGGCAAAAUCGAUAGGCGUUCUGUGCCCUGCCAUACAAGUCAUUUUCAAUAUUGUGUUCUGUAAAGUUUAUUCUUAUCGUCUACAACUAGUUACUUUCGAAAUGGAAAAUUUCUGUGAACUACUUGAGCCUCGCGAGGAAACAGUCGUACAACGAUAUAUUAAUAAAUGCGUCUAUUUUUAUGGUGGAGCCAUGUUUUGGAUUUACUUGAGCGCCGUUUUCAUUUUAUCUGGGCCGCUUACGCUAGACCAACCGUUCCCGACAAACGCCGAGUAUCCGUUCAAUGUUUAUCGUCAACCUCUAAAAUCUAUUAUCUUUAUACAGCAAGCUAUCGCUUGCAUGCAAGGUGCUGCUCAGCUAUGUAUGAGUAUCUUUAUAGCGCUCUUAAUAUGGUUUACGACGGCAAGAUUUGAAAUACUAAUUGAGAAGCUGCAAGAGAUCACAAACAUCUAUGAAUUAAAAAAAUGCAUUCAAGAACAUCAGAAUCUGUUGAAAUAUGCGGAACAAGUGGUCUUUUUGGUUCGCCCUUUCGCAUUAUCAACAGUAUGGUUGAGUACUAUCGCAUUAAUAAUAGUGGGCCUCAUUUUAUUAACCGAUCAGCCAUUGUCAAUAAAAAUCCAAUGCGUUGGUAUAAUUUUUAGUGGAAUGUCAGUAGUGUUCAUGUAUACAUGGCCAGCAGAACAUUUGAUUCAAAUAAGUGAUGAGAUUGGACAGACGGCUUUUGACACGGAAUGGUACCAACAACCAGUCGCUCUACGAAAGGAUCUACACAUAAUUAUGUUAAGGGCUCAAAAACCGAUAGUUAUUUCAGUGCCAUGUGUGAUGCCCACACUAUCUUUAAAAUAUUAUGCAACGUAUUUGUCGACGAUAUUUUCCUACUUCACGACGCUACGAGUAGCCAUGCAAAAAGUCUGAGAUGGACAGAGUGGGCAAAAACAUUCCGCUAAUAAAAUUGGAAAUGGGCAAGCAAUUAAUAGCUAAAAAUCAAUAUUUGUUUCAUUAUCACACCAAUUAUAAUCAAAUCACAUGGUAUAGAUGACACAAUAAAUUCAAAGAUUGCUUCAAUUUUAUAUAAUAA